GCUCAGAGAGGCAAAACAGAAAAAAAGAAAAAAAAAGGGAAAAACCAUGCGGCCACCGAGAGGAGGUGGAGGUUUCAGGGGCGGCAGGGACGGUGGUCGAGGGAGACGAGGUGGCCGAGGAAGUUUUGGUCGCGGUGGUGGACGUGGCGGCGGUGGGUUCCGUGAUGAAGGGCCUCCUGCUGAACUAGUGGAGGUAUCUACAUUUCUUCAUGCAUGUGAAGGUGAUGCAGUGACAAAGCUGACCAAUGAGAAAAUACCCUUCUUUAAUGGUAAGAUCUAUCUACAGAACAAGACCCAGAUUGGGAAAGUUGAUGAAAUCUUCGGUCCCAUCAAUGAAUCUUAUUUUUCAAUCAAAAUGCUGGAAGGUAUUGUGGCGACUUCGUAUGCCGCGGGUGAUAAGUUCUAUAUUGACCCGAGCAAACUUUUGCCUCUUGCAAAGUUUCUUCCACAACCAAAGGGACAGGCACCUGCUGGUGCAAGAGGUGGUCAAGGAGGAGGCAGAGGUGGCGGUAGAGGUGGUGGCCGUGGAGGUAGUGGAUUUCGUGGAAGGGGUGCGCCAAGAGGUGGCAGAGGUGGUCCUAGGGGUGGUGGCCAUGGUGGUGGAUUUAGAGGCAGAGGGAGAUUUUAGAGUAAUAACAUUUUCUAACAUUACCAAGGCCCUUUCCUGCUAUACCUUUUGGAUACCAUGGGCAUACAACUUUGAAAAUUUGAUGCCCAACUUAUUUGUGAUUUUAGUUUUGUUCAUUGGAGAUAUGUUUAUUUCAUAUUUUUGUUUAUCCAAAGUGCAAUUCCUGGAUUUGGUUGCUAUAAUUUUGAAUGUGAUCGAUCCUAGAUUGUUCUAGGUUUGACAUGGUUGUAAUCUGUUAAUUGCUGUACAUGGCCCAGGUUGGCAGAGUUGCACUGCUUGAAAUUGUACAAUGCUUUGAUGAUCAGUCAUGCCUCAAAUUUUGAGUAAAUUCUUUGUUACUUUCUCAAUGCAUGCUUGAUGUUCGACUGAAAAAAUAGCACACUAAAGCAUGAUAUAUGGAAUGUUGUUUAAUUU